AUGACUCAUGUGUAUGACUCUUGGGAUAGGACCACGGACGAAAAUUAUGAAACAUACGUAUUAGGUGGUUUUAACAAAAAUUGGUUUAACCAGGAAGAUUCAGCGCUCUUAAGAUCGUACGCUGACAUUUGUGGUCUAACUCAAACUGUAUCCGAAGCGACAAGAACAGUAAAUACUGCUCGUUCUACAACAACAACAUGCCUUCAUCUUAUAUUCACCAAUAGUCCUGAACAAAAUAUGUCUAAUUGUAAAGUUAUUUCUGUAGGUUUUACCGAUCACGAUCUUACGGUAUUGUCGAUAAAGUCUAAAAUUCCCAAAGGACCUUCGAAAGUGGUUUACAAACGCAGUUAUAAGCAUUUUUCUGCAGAGAAAUUUAUUAAUGACUUGAAACUUAUUCUGUUCUGGUUGGUUGAAUCGUCGGAUGACCCUAAUGAGGCACUUGAUACAUUUCUUAAUCUGUUCAGAGAUAUUGCGGACAUUCAUGCCCCUAUUAGGAAAUAUACAGUUAAAUCAAAACCCGCUCCUUGGAUAACUCAAAAUAUUCGCGACUUAAUGUUGAUGAGAGAUGCAGCAAAACGUGAGGCGAAGGUCUCUGGUUUUCCUUCUGACUGGGCGGUUUAUAGGAAAUUGAGAAACCAUGUCGUUAAGGUCGACAGAGAAAGCAAAAGAGCAUACUUUCUUGAAGCUAUUAAUAAUACCAAAAAAGAUCCAAAGUCAAUGUGGAAAACAAUAAACAAUCUGUUAGGUCGCUCAAAUUGUCCAAUACUGUCAAUACCAACUUAUGCAGAGAGAAAUGGUGAAAUUUACACAAAACCUAAAGAUAUUGCCAAUCAUUUCGCAAAGUUAUUUAAUGAAAAAAUGAAGAAAUAUAGAUUUGAGAUGUCCAACCCGAUAGAUGUGGAAUAUGUAACUAAAUCAAUUACCGAAAUAAUGACUGGAAAAAACUGUCGGUUUGAGUUCUCAUCUUUAAGUCUUUUAGAAGUUCACAGCUGCCUUGCCAAGCUUCCAAAUACUAAAGUGACAGGCAUAGACGGCAUUGAUAAUUUUUUACUUAGAAUUGCGUCGAAUAUUAUAGCGGAACCUAUUAGAUACAUUUUUAACUGUUCAUAUGCGAAGUAA